UUGCAUGAAAGUUUAAGGACCAUUUAUUCAUCAUCCAAUUGGAGAGAGAGAGAGAGAGAGAGAUGGAGGAGGUGGAGAGAGUGAAGGCAGAAGCAGUGCAAAUAAUGGGAGUAUUUCAAGUGUUGCCAAGGCUCGUGGUUUUCGAUCUCGAUUACACUCUUUGGCCUUUCUACUGUGAGUGCCGAUCCAAGCGCGACACGCCUUCUUUGUAUCCUCAUGCCAAAGGUAUAUUGUGUGCACUCAAACGCGAGGGGGUUGAUGUUGCCAUUGCUUCUAAAUCGCCCACUCCGGACAUCGCAACAACGUUUCUUCAUAAACUCAGCAUCAGCUCAAUGUUUGUUGCCCAGGAAAUAUUCUACAGCUGGACACACAAAACAGAUCAUUUUCAGAGAAUUCAUUCAAGGACUGGGGUCCCCUUUAACUCUAUGCUCUUCUUUGACGAUGAUAAUAAUAACAUCCAAGGGGUCUCGAAAAUGGGAGUGACAAGCAUUUUGGUUCGAAAUGGGGUAAAUCUUGGAGCAUUCAGAGAAGGCCUGGCAAAAUUUUCUCAAAACUGGAAUGCAUCAAUGAACAAGCAGAAGAGGCGCAAGUAAUACUCGCAGAAGGCAGAUACUUCCAACGACGAUGCUGAAAUGGAAUGUCCUAAUGAAGUUUCUAUAUGUGAACUUAAUUCAGAACCACAUCAAUUGACGAUAUCAAAAUAUGUUGCCACUGUUACUCCCAAAAACCAAAAGGAAAAUGAAAGCGUACCUUGUCCAUUUUUAACAUGAAAUAAUUUUAUCUAGUUGAAUAAAAAUCUCAAAUUGCUGAAAAAGCAAGCAGAAAUGCCUC